CCAGGACUCUCUCUCUGGUUAAGUGCACUCCCUCCAUUUCCUCCAGCUGCUCCAGAUGAGCACAUUUCCUUCUGGACAACAAAUGCACACCUUUAACAGCCCGUGACCACAUCCUGUUGGAGCUGGGAAAAGGAAACCAUUAUUGUGCUGUUUUUUUUUUUAAUUCCUUACAAAGAAAUUUGGCUGUAUACCUCCCACUAGAUCUGUUUUGAACAAACCGAUAGAUAAGAGAUUUUCCUCUCUCCUCCCUCCAGCAGGAAGUACUUCAGUGAUGUUGCUGCUGCAUAACCCGAGCUGCCCCCAGAGGUGUAGUUAGCUGACGCGCAGCCAUGAUGAAAUCGGGCGCCACCAAGGUGGGGCUGCCCAAGCCGGGUCUCCAGAAGCAGGUCUCCUUAGCCCCCUCGUCCUCCAACACCUCCUCCUCCUCAGCCAUGAAGACCUCCAGAUCCUCCAACACGUUGGCGUCAGAGCAGCGCCUCAGCAGGCUGAAAAGAGCCAGCAGUGACGACGCCUUGACGAAGCCUGCGCUGGGAGCUGCUGCCUCCGGCUCCCGCAUGAAGAAGACUGUGACCACUGGAGCCAUCUCAGAUCUGGCAGAGGCUCGACCUCGCAGCCUGUCAGGUGCACAAGCUGCCAAGAAGUCCGGUAUCCCGGCUCCCAGAGAAAUCCCCUCCACCAUAACAAGAGACCGCAUCUCUCUGCGGGACCAGCUCAGGAGCUCCUCCACUAAGAGGAUGGUUUCCAGUGCCAGCACCUCCAGCCUCUCCACCCUGGCAAAGCAGACACGAGGUUCGACCAAGUCCCGCGGAGACGCAGAGGUCCAGGAAAAGGGCCUGCUGGAGUGCCAGGUGAAGGAGCUGCUUGCUGAGGCCAAAGCCAAGGACUUAGAGAUCAGCAGCCUCAGGACGGAGCUGCAGCGCUGCAAAGGUAAAGCCUCCACCGCUCCUUCCUCGCCGUCGGCAAACUCCGUCGCGUGGCAGGAGCCUGUCGCAGAUCGAGAGCAGGCGCAGGUGGCGGAGGCCCUCGUGUUGGUCGGGGAGCUGAGGGAGAAGAACGGGAAGUUUCAGAGGGAGCUGGCAGCGCUCAGGGAGGAGAACCAGGGACUGAAGGAGAAGCUGCUCUCCUUGGAGGCGUCUCCUCUGGCGAGUACAAACACAAGCAGUCCCUCCAAACCUUUAGUGAACGGUCUGCCCUCAGACUCCUCUGCUCCACCACAGGACAGCCUCCCUUCUACUGCCAGCCCUCUCAAAACGUCCGUCUCCUCCGGCUCUGACAUCACCAAGGACUCCCCAUCACCUGACUCCUCGGAGUUUGAGAAGAUCCCAUCGCGAUCCGAAUCAGCGAGCAGCUGCGUCAGUGAAGCCGCCAACGCAGGCGGGCAGGAUGUGUCUGUGCAGAGCCUGACAGAGCAGAUUCACAAGAUGGAGGAGAGCCACCACAGCACAGCCGAGGAGCUGCAGGCGACCGUGCAGGAGCUGGCUGAUCAGCAGCAGGUGGUGCAGGAGCUGACGGCCGAGAACGAGCGUCUCACUGAGGAGAAGCGCCUCCUGCAGACGUCUCUUCAGCAGCAGAGGGAGCGGCUGGAGGUGCUGGCCCAGAAGAACGAGGCACUCGCCGGUCGUCUUCAGGAGCAGGUCCAGGCCCAGGCCAAGAGAGAGGAGGAGCUGGGCAGCCAGGGGCCCCGGCUGGCCGAGCUGGAGCAGAGGUACGCCGAGCUGGUGGAGAGCUCGCGCUUCGAGCGGGAGAAGCUGGUGGACAUCCAGCAGCAGCUGACAGGCAGCCUGCGGGCUCUGGAGGAGGAGCACCAGGAGGCGCAGGGCCAGGUGCGCUGUCUCAGAGAGGAGUUGGACAGGCUGCAGGCCCGGCUGGACAGGGAGGUGGAGGCCGGAGGUCAGGCGGCACACGCCGCAGAGGAGCAGAGGGCGACAGCAGACUGCCUCAGGCUGGAGAACAGUCGACUGAAAGCGCAGGUGGACAUUGAGCGGCAGAAGGUGGGCGAGCUGAAGGCCAUGCAGAGCGCCAGUGACAGCAGCGAGGUGCAGAGCCUGCUGAAAACGGCCCACGCCGAGAGAGACCGGCUGGAGGUGGAGCUGACGGAGCUGAGGCAGGAGCUGCUGCAGGCGCAGGCCGAGACUGAGCAUGUGCGAGCCUCGAUGUCAAAGGUGGAGGCCAAAUGCCAGCAGGUUCAGGAGCGAGGCGAGAGGAGGGAGCAGGAGCUCAGCAGCCGGGUCACGUCCCUGGAGGAGGCCGGGAUCCAAGCUGAGAACCAGGUGAAGGAGCUGAAGGAGACCAUCUUCGAGCUGGAGGACCAGGUGGAGCAGCAGCGGGCCGUCAACUGCCACACCAACCAAGCCGUCCUCGACAUGGAGAAUCUGGUGAAAAAGCUGGAGGAGCAGAAAGUUGAAGCAGACCGACAACUGAAACUCCUGAGCAGACAGAUGAAGGAUGAGAAGGAGGAGUGGCGUCGUUUCCAGGCCGACCUCCAGACAGCUGUGGUGGUCGCCAACGACAUUAAAGUGGAGGCUCAGCAGGAGCUGCGAACACUCAGGAGGCAGCUGCAGGAGGAGCAGGAUCGCAGCGCAAAGCUUUCCACAGACCUCGAGGCCCUGCAGGGAGUCAGGUCCCAAGGCGACGAGGGGAGGGCGUCCGACUCGGAUAUCAACCAUCACUGGUGCGGCAUCUCCAUGAUCCCGACCACGCCCACCGACCCCGGCGGAGACGCCAACGACUCGGAGCCCGGAGCUACUGUCAAAUCCCUCAUUAAGUCCUUUGAUACUGUUGGACAGAACGGACCCGGACACACAGUUCAGAUGCAUUCGUCCUCCAGGAGCCCGCUGAGUGGGAUCCCCGUACGCACCGCUCCUGCUGCUGCUGUCUCCCCCAUACAGAGGCAAACGUACAUAAAGCCGCUGUCAAAGACGCUGGAGAAAAGGAUCAAUCACGGAGAAUUUUCUCAUCAUCACGAGAAGUUGUCGGGUUGUGGAGACGACCUGAAACCAAACAGCUUGAUGAGGAAGAGUCCGUCUCUGGAGUCUGUCAUCAAAACUCCCGCCUCCUUCGGCAGCCGCACGGCGUCCUUCAGCUGCAGCCGCGGCAACAGCAAGCUCAGUGUGGAAAGAAAGGACCCCUUGGCUGCGCUGGCCCGAGAGUACGGAGGAUCUAAGAGGAACGCUCUACUGAAGUGGUGCCAGAAGAAAACAGAAGGCUAUCCGAACAUCGAUGUGACCAACUUCAGCAGCAGCUGGAGCGACGGCUUGGCCUUCUGCGCCCUCCUGCACACGUAUCUGCCCGCCCACAUCCCCUACCAGGAACUCAUCAGUCAAGAUAAGGUCCGGAAUCUGACCUUAGCCUUCCAGGCUGCAGAGAGCAUCGGGAUCAAACCCUCCUUAGACAUGGAGGAGGUGAUGAGGACGGACAGGCCGGACUGGCAGAGCGUCAUGCAGUACGUUUCUCAGAUCUACAAAUACUUUGAGACCUGACCGGCCGGAGACGAUGAUUCGGAGGCACUGCAGCACUUUUUCUGUCAGCACUACUUUCACCCUCUGCACAGACCGAACGCUGCCACCGUAACCUUUCUCCCGCUCACCGUGUGACACGAAAAACACGACUGAGGAAGUCUCUGUUCUUGAGAGAUUUUAAAACAGUCACGGAGCUUCCCUUUUCUUUCUUUUUUUAAAGGGACAGUGAUCGCUGAAAUUUACAAAGACUGAAAAACAUUCACUUUUUCAUUUGUAUCAUCUUAAAAUAUCAGUGAAGCAUCUGAUUUACAGGCAGUUGAGGUGAGAGGAUGAGAAAAUUAUUUGAUUUUAACAAAAAUAAAUGAAAAAAAACUUCUGUAUUAUGCAACAGCAUUUGAGGACAAUUGGAGUAAAACAAAGCCAGGGAAAGGAGGUAAUAUCCUAAAAAAUAGAGAAGAAUUUCUGACAUUUACAAAAAAAAGAAAUUCUUUGAGAUUAAAGUUGCAAUAUAUACAAGGGAAAAAAAACGUUUAUUUUUUGUUUGUUUUGUGUUUUUUGUUUGUUUGUUUUUUUAGUCGAGGAAAAACAUCGCUUCAUCGCUUUUAGAUUAACUUCAUCACAUCAAAGAUGCCAAAUUUAGGAUUUCAGUUUUUUAAUCAUUUACGGCUUUAAUUUUAGAGAAUAUCCAAGUUUUUUCUCAUAAAUUUACAAUUUAAAUCUCAGACAUCUGAGGUUUUUUCUCGUAAUUUUAUGACUAUAAUCUUGGAAAUUCUUUUUUGUUUUUUUGUUGUUUUCUUUUUUGUCAAAGAAUAUCUCGAGGUUUUACUCGUAAAUGUAUGAUUAUAAUCUUUUUUUUUUUUUUUUUUAUUAAGGAAUAUCAUCUCCUCACUUUCCAAGGAUUGACUGACCUCAUCACACCACAGACGUCACCGGUAAAUGAGAUAAAUUUACAACUUUACUCGCAGAUUAUAUCCAAGUUUUUUCUAAUUUCCAACUUUAAUCUCAAAAUAUAUCCAAAUUUUCUUUCAUUAGUUUGCGACUUUAAUCUCAGACAAUAUCCGACAUUUUUCUUGUAAAUAUAUGACUAUAAUCUUGGAAAUUCCUAUUUUCAAUUACCUCCAUCUCCCAGCUCAUUAUUUUUUUAACCUCCAGUGGCGCUAAUACACCCUCGUGAUAUUGACUUCGACUGUCAGUAGAAAAUAUAUUUUUCCAUUAUUUGCUAAAUAUUAGUGUUUGUGAAACAAAUUCUCCGCUUCUGGUCAUUUUCAACACGUGCCAAAUCUGCCAGGACACAGUCGAUCUAUGCAUGGUCAAAGUGUAACUUUGUGUCUGAGUGUGCAGCGCGACGUCGUCUUUCACCAAACAACAUCCGCCGUGACCACAGACUGUAUGAAGGAAGUGGACGUAGCCACCAAGAGGUCCCCCGAUGAUUUGUGGACUCUCAAAUGUAUCUUUCAAUAAUCUUUUUUUAAAAAGAAAGAAAGAAUUGGAGUCGUUUUCUAACGUCGAUGCAUUCAAACUUCGCCCCCUGCUGGCCAUUAGAGUGAAUGCAGCUUUAACCCUUUGAGACCAGGAACGACGUCAAUUUCUUGUGCUGC